CUACCCACCAUUUUUGCCUUUUGAUUUCUCUCUCUCUUCAUCUCUCUCUCUCUCUCUCUAUAUAUAUAUAUAUAUAUAUGCAGACAUGUUUUCUAAUGAACUUGCUCGCACUGUUGUUGGUAUUAUAGGGAACGUGAUAGCCCUCAUACUGUUUUUGUCACCUGUGCCAACUUUCUACAGGAUAUGGAAGAAAAGAUCAGUGGAACAGUACUCACCGAUUCCAUACCUUGCCACCUUUAUUAACUGUGGGCUGUGGGUACUAUAUGGACUGCCUUUGGUACACCCCCACAGCACACUGGUUGUGACCAUAAAUGGGACAGGCUUUGUGAUUGAGAUCCUGUACUUGUCUCUGUUCCUCAUAUUCUCCGACUCCAAGAAACGGCUGAGGCUGGUGGUGAUAGUCGUGGCGGAGUGCAUAUUCGUGGCGGCGUUGGCCCUCCUCGUCUUGACUUUGGUUCACACCACCAAGCUCCGCUCGGCCAUCAUCGGCAGCAUUUGCAUGGUUGGCAACAUUAUGAUGUAUGCUUCCCCGCUAGCGGUCAUGAAGCUGGUGAUCAGGACAAGAAGCGUUGAAUAUAUGCCAUUUUUCCUCUUUCUUUUCUCCUUCCUCAAUGGCGUCAGCUGGACAGCCUACGCUCUUAUCCGCUUCGAUCCCUUCAUUGUUGCCCCUAAUGGGAUGGGAACUGUACUGGGGCUGGCUCAGCUAAUAUUAUACGCCACCUUCUACAAAUCUACCAAAAGAAUAAUGGCUGAAAGAAAAGCCCAAAGCGAAGUAGACUUGGCAGAAAAAGUAGGAGCAGACGUCAACAAGAAUGGGCAUGUUUCGCAUAUUAAUGGAGUCGUGUAGCAGCUCCACUCAAUUUAGCCGACCAGCAAUUUUAGCAGCACUAUUUCAAUUCCCUUCUAAUUAUCAAUCAGUUAACUGUAGAAUAGGCGACUUCGUGAUUGCUAAGGAUGUAACCCAAUGUUUGUCUGGUGCUUAAAGCUAAGAAUUGUUGUACCCUUGUUGUAAUCUCGUGAAGAUUAUGUGUUUUUUUUUU